ACAGUUGCUUUCCGGUUUGGUAUAUUAACUGUACACAUUUUAUGUUUACUUCAUGGCUUUUUGCAGUGAACAUUUUUCCAGUUAAAUAUUUUGUCAGCUGUAUUUGUUAAAUCCGGGUUUCAAAGUAAAUGUCAAGUCUUUUUAUUUAGUUUAGUUGAGUAGUUUUAACAUUACCCACCUGGCAAACCGGAUUGCUGUGUGUUGAAUGUCCGAUGAUGGAGGAGCUGAGUCAGGACGCAGAUGGAGGAGGACUGUCUGUGAAGGUUGAAGAGGUGGAAAACGAGAACCUGGCAGAGAUGGCAGCUUUAGACGCAGAUGAGGAAGACGAGGAGGCUCUUCCUCACUCAGAGAUCUUGGAUAUCUUCGAGGAGGGACUUGCUCAACUUGUGCAGGACCCUUUACUUUGUGAUCUGCCAAUUCAGGUGACUCUGGAGGAAGUAAAUUCUCAGAUUGCUUUGGAGUACGGCCAGGCGAUGACUGUGAGGGUUUUAAAGGCAGAUGGCGAGAUUAUGCCCAUAGUGGUGGUCCAAAAUGCCACUGUCCUUGACCUGAAGAAGGCCAUUCGCAGAUUCUUGGAGCUGAAACAGCAACGUGAAGGCGGAGUGAAACAUGUCAGCUGGAGAUAUGUUUGGAGAACUUAUCAUUUAGUAUUUCAAGGGGAAAAGCUUGAAGAUGACAAGAUGAGGCUCAAAGACUACGGGAUCAGGAACAGAGAUGAAGUGACGUUCAUGAAGAGACUCAGGAAAAAGUGAAAUGUCAUAGGAAAAACCACUAGUUCCUGGAGUGUGUACUGGUGCUACCGGCCUCGAAAAAAUACAAAAAAAAAUUAGGUACUGAAAAAAUGUAUCAAAAAAAUUAUUUUUACAAAAUAUUCACGACUGUAUGACUUGUACUUUAAGUGUUUUGGGGAAGUUUUGAUAUAAUUUUUUUUUUACACAUUACAAACUCAGCUUGCUUCUCAAAGAGGCUAGAUGUAAAUAAGAUAUCUGGAGUACGAGAUGUUUAGUCCCCCUUUUACUGUCAAUUUGCAGUGAUCUUCUAUAGUUGUUUGCAAACAUUAAAAUAUAUAUAUUCAGU